GCAGCUGCUAGCUAGCUUCUACCCGGGCAAUUUUUGCUCACUGGCGGACCAGAGAGUAAGGGGAGCAGUGUGCUGGGCAGGGGGAUGAGCCCAUGGGGUAGUAAUGCUCCAUCAGGUGUGCUCCUUUGGGAUGCUCAGGGUGUGCAGGUCCUCUGUGGUCACCUGGCAGCACGGACUGCCUUAGCCCUCAUUCUAGCCUUCCCUGGUAGUAACAGGCUUUGUUAUGAGAUAGUUGUUUGAUGAGGUGACUCAAGCUAUAGAGAAGAAGGAAUUAAACAGGGAAAAAAAGUCCAUAAAAUCAUUCAGUUUACCCCAUGUUCCAGAAAUUAUGUAUCUUCUGGUGUUUUCCCCAUUUAAAAGUUAAAUAUUCCAAGUGAUGUGACUUCCCUUAGAUCUCUCAGGAAUUACUCUGUGAUCUGGGAGGUUUCAUUAUUGCUGGGGAUGUGGCGUGAAUUAUUAGUCCUGGAUGUACAUAAUGGAACAGUAAGGUAAUUUUCUUCCUUGGCACGGCAAAAACAGAACAAAACAAAAAACCCCAACUUUUUCCAUGAUGCCAAAGAACAGCCACUGCUGUGAUGUGAGAGCUGGAAGAAGUGUGUCUGUACCAGGAGAUGCACUGAGGAUGCAGGGACCCACUCUGCAUGCUGUCACUGAAUCAGAACCUCUCCAGCUCCCACAAGUUUUACAGCCAACCUGCACUCAGAAGCAAACUGCUGUCCUCUUGCCAUGUCACCGUGUGGCUUGUAACCCUUGACGGGAACGGUCCUGUCUUUUGGGUGGAAAUACAUGGCAAAAAUAUUCAUCCACAGCUAUACUGUGAUAACCUUUGCAAUCUGUUGAGCUUUCUUUGGACAACCUCCAGAUCUUGUAAACCUGAUGUUUGUGAAUUGUAAAUAGUAGUAAAGGUAGCUGAGUGCCAUAACUGUUCUUAACUAAUCUUAACGUUGGUCAUAACAAAAUGUAACCUCAGUCCAGAACCGGUAACAAUCCUCGAAGCUAUAGGUGUGUCCAAUACUGCAGUAUUGUCAUUGCUGGCAUGUCUUCUAGUUGGAAGAAGAUUGGUAGGAUGAACAUUAUAUCAGAAAAUCAAAGUAACCCUGUAGAAAUUUCUGCUUGCAGUGAAGACUGUAAUGUUUAAGUGAUAGGACAAAGGGAUAAUAAAUAAUAAAUGCAGAAGGGAACAAGGAAAUCAUGUAGCAACAGUAAAGGAUCCAAACAUAUGGAAAAUUCAAUUCUAUGGAGAAUUAAGUCACUAUUAUGUAAUCAGGAUCAAUGGAAAUGAGCUGAUGUCAGUAUUGGACUGGCUUAAUGCAUGCAUGGAAAAUUGUGUCCUCUCAGUCAGACCUGCUAAUAGGAGUGAAAGCUCCAUGCACGCCACAUUUCCAUUAACUCCAUUUUGAUUUUUACCUAGAAGGGUUCUGAUCCAAAUCCAGCAGAAGUAAGUAGGGUUUCUUCUAACCUGAAACUGAUUUGUUGUCUGGAUCUAAAAGCUCUGUAGAAGAUGGCAGGCAGUAAAACCGUGCUAUGAACAUCUACCUUAUGCUGGUUGUUUAGAGCAAAACUUCUUCCUGAUCACCCCUCCAGGUAUGGCUGUGGUGGCCCAGCAGUCUUGGAGAGUCCCCACCUAGGUAGGAAUUUCCUUCCUGAACCCCCACUUGAGGACUGGAAGGAGCAGUACCUGGCACCAAGAGGUGCCCCUGUGCCCAGAGCAUGGAGACUCCGGCAGUGUUACAGUGAUCAUAGAAUCAUUUUGGUUGGGAAAGUGCUUCAAGAUCAUCGUGUUACAAAGCUGCUCGGAAACCUGCUAGCCUUAUGGCAUGGCUGUCGUCCUGUGAGACAGAUCCUGUGGUAGGGAAUAUAGAGCAGCAGAACAGCUCCUAACUAAAAGGGAUUUUCCAGUGGGAAGCAAUGGGAUAUAUGAAAUAGGCUUGAAAUCCUAGAGUGGUUACUGCAUAAGAAAACAUGUCUGAAUCAACAAGUUAGGGAAAAAAGUCAGCUGUUAGAUGUUAGUGGCUGGAGCUAUCAUGUGAAGUGAAUGUGUGGGUGGUUUCGAAUUAGCAGAGAUGCCAGAGGUGGGAAGAAACCAAUAGGAGAAAAAGGGAUGGGAUAACCUGACCUUCGCCUGUUUUCAGUUAGUGAGAGCAUAAAGGGAGUGGGCGAAGUGAGUGGGAGGUCUCAAAGGGUGUCAUCAUGGGAGGGAGCCUGAGCUGCUCAGCACCUCACACCCACAGGGAAGGGGAGCCCUCACCCUGGCUAGGCACUUCUGCUGCUUGCUUUAUGCCUGCUCUGAUAGGCAGCCCACCCUCUGAGGCAGUUCCACCAGAAAUCACUUUGUUGUUGCUCCAUAUACCUUCCACUGAAUUAAAGUUGAUAUGGCUCAGUGGAGGGUGUGAUGAAUACCAUCGCUAGUGCAGGGGAGGACUGAAACUGUAGCCAAUGACAGAGAAAAGAAAGAGGGAAGAGAAGCACAGGGGUCUCGUUAGCUUUGUGUAUUCCUCAAAUGGAAAGCUUUUUGGUCAUUGAAAUAACCUUUAUGUUUCUCAAAGUGAACUCAUGGGUAGGAGAUAGGAGAAGGUAUGGAGGGAGGUAUGGCAGAGAGCAUGCAGCCUUGUCUUCAAUUCCUUAGACAUGUCUUCUGCAUAUCUUAUUAAGCCUCUUCAGCUUAAGUUAAGAAACAUUUUCUGUGCUAUGAAAUAAUCACUCUUAAAAUGGUGCUAGAGAGGUGAAGACACUCUUGGCUUUGCGAGCAAAGUUAAAGUGAUUGCUUCUACUUCCUGUCCAGCAGAUCUGUUGAAAGUUGGCCAGUGUCUUUCCUGAGAAACAGCUGCUCUGAAUUUUGGGAGGAAAAAUAUUUGAUUCCUCACAUUCUGGCGGAUUUGAGGCUCACCAGCUGGUUGAGUAGCCUGCCAAGGCUCACGCUGUUGUGGAAAUGUACAGUAACUGGGCAUAAGUAGUUCUAAGCCCUUUCUGGACUUGAGUGUGAAAAUAUAUUAAUGCUGGGAAGCUGUUGAAUGUCUCUUUCAAAGUAGAAAUAAAUCAAAAUGGAAUUGCUCUGACUUUGCCCACAAAUAAACUCAUUUUGGUGAAUUUUCUGUUCCUGUUCCCACAGCACCUCUUAAGCUCUGCCUGCUGGCAGGAGCUGUCCAAGCCCUCCAAGGGCCUCAUGCUGAUCGAGUCUGUGUUUGAAAUAUGAUAUUUGACUUAAACCCUGCAGUUCUUAUCUUUGAUUUUUGAAUACUUGUAUGCACAAUUUGUGUUAUUUCAAUUUGAGGAUGAAAUUGUGACUAUGUUGAGGAAAGUCUCCUCAGUCAUAACAGACUGAAUCAAACGAGGAGAGGUAGAUGGGAUACUCGGUCAAAAAGACUUUUCUGGAGUAAAUGAGUAUGUUUUCUGGAUUAGAAUGCAAUGGUGAUGCUUAGCCACAGAGACAGCUUUAUCCAGCACAAAUGUGUGUCCAGGCUGGGAUGCUGUUGUACGAGUGGCUAGACUGUGGCUGGGUGGUCUGUAGGUCAGUUAAUAACUGGCUGGAUUUUGGAGUUCAAGGAGAAAAACAUUUCUGUGGUUUGUAUUCUGCCUGAAGACCAGUUAGUUACUAGAGGACCUUCCCAGGGGUCUGCCCUGGGGUUUAUCUCUAUCAGUGACCUGGCAGAAGAGAAGUAUACAUCUCAACAAAUCUGCAGAUUACACCAGUUUUUUGGGUGCAGCCAAUAGACUUGAGGGCAGGGCUGCCAGUACUCAUGGAAGGUUAUUGAGAGGAUGUUUCGUGGUGGGAGAACAAGAGACAACAGACAAACAGAACAGGAAAGGCUCAGACUUGAUAUGGGGAAAAACCCUUGACAGUGAAGAGAGUCAAGCUGUGGACAAGGUUGCACAGAGGUAUUUCAGUUUCCAUCCUUUGAGGUUUUCACUGGAUCAGAUCUGAUCACUGGACAAAGCCCUAAGGAACCCAGUGUGAAUUAAGAGUGAAUGCUGCUCUAAGCAUGCAGCUGGACUAGGCACUGCCUGAAGUCUCUUCACCUGGAGCAUUUUUGGGAUUCUUCAGAUAAUAGUGCUGGACAGAAGCAGCAUUUCUCCUCCAGGAGCUGAAGACUUUAGGAUGUAGUGGCAUUCCAGCACAUGCAUCUGUUUUAAGCAGGUGCCAUCCCAUUCCUCACCUGUACCCAUGAGCCUUAAUAUGCAUGAGCUUUGGGACAGUUAUGACCCAGAUGCUGCACUGGGAAUAAAUCCAUGAUACUCAUAUCAUGAAGCAGCUGCCUUUAGGGUUCAUGGGGAGGAUCCUUGUCUGUAGGGAACAGUUGAGGGCUUGAGCUGUACUUAGCUGUUUCAUGAGAGUUCUGUGCAUGUAUUCUAUCAGGCCAGGAGCUGCGUGUGUGUGGCUUCUGCACGGAUGCCGAGAUAGACUUCCUCCCUGUGGGCUAGCAGACUUGGAAUAGACCAGUCCCUCUGUGGCAAACCUGUCCAUUGAUCGUGAAGCUCAAAUCAAGGUUUUGUCAGUGUGGAGUGAAUUGUUCUGUUGGGAUGAAGUUCAGGCUGUAAAAGACCAGGGCUACUUUGGAUCUGACCCAAGAGUUUUACAAAGCAGCUUCCAUCUAUUUGUAUGGGGUUUUUUUUGUUUUGUUUUGUAUACGCUAUACAAAAUUUCUGUACAACAUGUUCUUCUAACCCUAUGAAAAGCAAAGCCAAGAGAGAAAGUAUGUGAUGCACUGGUGAGAGGCAUUCAGAUGCUGCCGGAGGGGUGUGAUGCAAUUUGGUGGAGUGCCAGUGAUUUAGUCGUAAGCUGAAUGUAGGUGAGUGCUGAUUAAAAUGAGCCCACACGGUAUCAAGCUAUUGCAUCUGUAAGUUUGGUUGGGAGCGUGUGGAAAUACAGGUGAGGGUACUAGAUUCUGUCAGUCUGGUGAUAUAUGAGCAGUCUUAACUCCAUAUUUAAGUCCACAACACAAACAACCCAUUGAUAUGCAAUAUUACUCUCUCUAAAUAAGCUCUAAAAAUAACAAGCAUACCUUACUACUUAUGUUUAGUGUUGAUGAAUAGACAGCAUGGGAAAAUGUUUGCUUUAUGUUUUACACCCUAUCCUCUUACACUCUUGAUAUGUGUGAAAUGCUGGUGACUGGCUUGGUGGCUGAGUGGAGAGGGGGGCUUUGUUGACCUUGACUUUAGUAAGGCUUUGGCCACUGUAUCCCAUCCCUGCUUGGUGGCAGGAGGUCCAGCUGGAGGCCAGUUGCUAAUGUUAUGCCACAGGGCUCAAUACUGGGGGGGGUACUGUUCGUCAGUGACCUGGCAGAUGGGGCAGAGUACAUCCUCAGCAGUUUCACAGGUAACAAAAGACUGAGAGGAGUGUUUGAUACAGCAACUGAUUGUGGAAGGUGGCUAUUCCCCUUUAUUCAGUCCUGGUGAGUCACCGGUAAUACUGAGUCUAGUGCUGAGCUUCCCGUUACAACAAAGUUGUGUGUGUAUAGGAGCUGGUUCAGCAAAGUGCCAUGAAGAUGAUGGAGGGACUGGAGCAUCUGGCACAGGAGGAGAGGCUGAGAGAGCUGGGACUGUUCAGCCUGGAGAAGGGGAGGUUCAGAGGGCUCUUCCCUCUUUGCAUAAAUACCUGAUGGGGGGAGCAAAGAAGACAAACAUACUUUUCUCAGUGGUAUCUAGCAAAAGGACAAGAGGCAGUGGGCACCAUCUGGAAUGUAGAACUCCAUUGUAAUGUAGGGAAAUGCUUUUUCAUUGUGAGCACUGUUGAAAACUGGACCAUGUUGCUCCGCGUAACCUGCUGUAAGUGCUCUGGGCAGGCAUUGGAGUAGGUGAUCUCCUGAGGUGCCUGCCCACCUCACCUGUAUGACCAGUGAAACCCCUUGGUUGGCAGCACAGUGCAGAAUCUCAAGUGUUGGGAGAGUACUGUCCUGUCUAGGACAAGAGCUUUUCUGCUCUCAUGCAUUUACGCUGAUUUCCUUGAAGCAUUGCUAGGCAUGUCGUGCAGAAGAGUGGUUUCAUCAGCUGCUCUGCUUGGCUGGAGGGAAGACACUCUCUGGUUUGCUUAAUUCUUUAUUUUGGUUCAGCAUGAAGUCUCCCUUGGCAGGUUGGCUGCUUCCCAUGCACUCAUGAGCCACCCAUCUCUGUCCCUUUGCUAGGAGCAAAAGGUGUGCUCCCACCCCCGGCCAGCAGUGGUUGAUGUGGACAGAGCCACGUUGCUGUCUCCAGCCCAGCCAAGCAUGGUGCUCACCACAAUGAUGCUCCUUGGCUGCCUUCUGUUUUCAGAGCGCUGGUAGUGUCACUGGGAUGUUCCUCAUCAGAGGAUCUGGCUCGCUGGGUCUCCUACACGUCCUGGAGUUCAGCUGGGCAGAAGGGAUUUCUAGUGGAAAUGUACAUCUGUUACUCCUUAAGUGUGACCACUGUCAAGGUUUCCAUCCCUUCAGAAAGCAGUUCUUUGCCAAAGGCCCCGUAAUCUCUGGUUUUUCAGGAGGAGAUGGAGAGGUAAUAAGUCGUGAGGAUAACCGAGCCUUUUUUUCUUUCUUUUUUUUUUUUUCUGCUGAAGAGAUGAGUUUGGUUUUAAAUUACAGCAUAUUGAGUCAGUGCCUUUGACACCCACAGCUGUGUUGGCAGAAAGCUGCUGGAGGAUUUGUUUGGGCAGGGCCCAGUGUGUCUGUGUGGCUUUGGGAAGGACGUACCUUGCAAGGUGCUCGGCCCUACAGCUGCUCGCAGCGGGCGCCGUGUGGCUCUGGCUUUGCUGUACGUCCCUGUCGGAGGGCAGGAGUCUGUCCAGCAAAACAAAUGACAUUGUUUUCGCAUGGUGCAAAGUCGCUCCCUCCACCUUCCCCUGCACCGCUGCCUGUAUCUCGGCUCUGAGUCCUGAGGGGAAGCAGCAGGCUGAGUCAUCUGGCACUGCGUGUGUAUUGACAAAACAGACAGGCAGAGCUGAGAGGAGAGACCGAUGCACUGGGAGUCCUGGCCAGAGACAGUGGGUUCCCUUCUCCUCACCUGGGUUGCGGUCAGCUCUGGCUUUGAGCUGUGAACUGAUCAGUGGUCAGUUCAAGAAAAGCACGGACAAGGCAUCAAACUGCAGGGCUAGGAUCGCUUGCAUUUUGCUUGGAAAAACCUGAUGUGUGAGCUCAAGGCAGGGAUGGAAGCAUGGAAAAAGGCUCGGAUGGGAAAGGUCUUUGAAGAUUCGUCCUGCUCGCAGCAGCAGAUGAGGGCUGCCCGUGCUUCCCCUUGUGCUAUCUGCAGCCAGGUAGCUCUGUUGGGCUUGCACAGGGAGUGCUGGCGCUGUCCUGCCCCACACUAGCGUGGUGUGAGCAAUGCUGGGGCUGCAACCCUCGGUGCUGGGGGAGGUUUCUGAACUGCUGGAAUCAACUGAGAACUCCAGGUUGUUGGUUUGUUUUUUGUUUUGUUUUCAGAUUGUUUUGCAGCCUCCCCACGCUCCCUCCCAGCCCCUUUCCUCCUGGAAAAACAAAACCAAAGCAGGGAGGUUUAGGUUAUUCUCCUGCGUUUCCCUCUUCUCCAAGGACUCUGGCAGCUGAUCUCCUCUUGAUGAGCAGUGCUGCCUGGGGAUGCCAUUUACCCACGGGAGACAGUUCUCCCUGUGCUGAUGUAUUGAUUUUUAGUGGAAGCUUCAUGCCCAGCUUUGCUUGCAGUCAAUGUUGCCUCUUUCCACGCUUUCCAUGAAAAGCUGCUUUUCUGCAGAUUGGCUGUGUUUGCAAGGUUCCUCCUUCCUGGAAGGAGCAAGGGAAGGGGCUGUGGUCCCGCUGUGGAGAGGGAGCCAUGCAGAGAGGGAUUGCUCCCUUCCUUAAUGCAGAUCCCGCCCACACUAUGAGAAAAGGGAGUUCGCUGCUGAAACAAAUAGGCAGGAAAUGGGAAGUGAAUAAAGGAAAGGGCUCCUUCACAUGCCACAAGUGUGACCUGUGGGACAUGCAGCUCAGUCACUGCUGUUAGCCUGGUGGUCGGGUUCCACUACAGGCUGCCUGAUCAAGGGGAGCUGAGACCCCUGGUUUAUGGUGCUGAGACCUACAAUCACAUACCCAAACACUGCACCUUGGGCUGCUGCUGGAGUGGGCUGCUGGGCCCAGCCACCCCACCCACCCUUACUGCAUCCUCAGGGUUUGGGUCAGGGGUUUGAGGCCAGGGGAUUUCUGUUCGUUUGUUCAGAGCUGUUUUAUUCAUGUACUCCUAAUUGCAUGCAGUUCUCGCUGUUGCUCGGGCUGUGGCUUUCAGCUAUCUUGAAAUGAAAAGAAAAUACAUGUUUGUCUUCCAGCACCUUGGGAGCCAAGGGAAGCCUCAGACAGAGCCAAGACGUAACGUGGCAGUGCAAACACUAAUAUCCAAUCUUCCCCAGAUUUGUAAUUAAGAGCCAAUGAUUUUCCCAAGGUUACCAGGAGGACACUAGCCUCCAGGACCCGGCUGUCUGGCUGCCACAUCACUAAAACUGUUCCUAUGGUGAUGAGCUAAGUGCUGUUGUUUUUUUUGUGCCGCUUGCAGGUCUUUUAUUUUUAAUGCUCUCAGAGGAGUGCUGCUGCAUAUCUCCCUUCUGUGCAGAGCCAACACCAGACCAAGCAGCUUUCAGGGGAUGCCAUGAGAAGCAGCCCUUUUACCCACAGACUUUUCCACUCCGAAUGGUGGUGUGUAGGUGAAGGAGGCCUGGGCGGCUCCUGCAAGGGGCUGAGCUGGGCCUGCUGCUCCGCCAUUCUUUCUCAUAGUAUUUUUAGAGGAGGAAUGCAACUCCUGACCUCUGCUGUGUGGGUAGCAAGCUCCCAGGGGUGCUCCAGCUGUGACAUUCCGGGCAGCAGCUAUUUUGGGAGCAUCUGGGUGUUUCCAGGACCCUUGUGUGCACGCUGCAUUUGCCUUCUCGCCUUUGUUGAUGCUACUCGGGUAGUAAUGAGGACAUGGAAGCCCGCUGUGGUUCAGGAUCUGUUUUUUAUUAGGUAAGCAGGAGACAAAAUGUAUUGUGGCUCAUCGAUCCUUUGUGGAGAAGAGGUACCUGUCUGAGUGGAAGUGUGCAGGGAGGGCUAUCAGCUGCCAAGAAAGAUGUUUUAGGAAUGAGCACAGCGCACAUCUGAGGAGCUCCUCUUGUUUCUGCUAGUUGGUUGGGAUGUUUUGAUAAGUCUGAAACCUCCUGCAGUUGGGAAAGCACUGGGAGGCUCCUGCCUGCCCCUGCCUGCUUUCCCAUUGAGACAUCCUUCCAGCCUGGGCACAGGUUCAGAUCUGUCACAGUCUUGAUGCAGAGUGAGCUGUGUGUGCUGUCGAGGGAUGGAGGUAAUCACAGGCUUGACACCUUUAUGGUAAAUCAGGGCCAUAAGCAGGCCAGUCACAACAAUGAGGCGUUCUGUAAAGGUCUGUGCUGAGAAGAUGGAUUUCUUAGUCAUGGAUUAAGGGAAAUACAUGGAUUUCACAGAACCUGUGGAUCAUCCAUCUGUUGUUGUAGGUGGUAUGGGCUUUGCUGCAGGUUAUGUCCACGUGUGGAGGCCCAAUGGGACAGCCACUGGGGCUGCAGCUCCUCAACGACUGGAGCAGGCUGAAGUGCCCCUGUUGCUGGGAGGUUCAGCAGCGUGUCUCAGGCUCCCAUUACCCAUUUUGCGUGGGCACUGUGAAAAGGAUUGUUCACCAUAGCUUUGACCCACGUCCUUCUGGAAACCAGAUGUGUCAAAUCAGCAAGACGUCCCGUCUAAAUAUUUUCAAACUGAAGUUCAGGGUUGCUUAAUGACUCUUGUUUUUGGAGCUGUUUGCUUUUCUAUGCCAGUUUUCUGUCUUGUGGCUCUUUCCUGCAAGCUGACUUUCACCAGUUAAACUGGGAGCAUGUGGUACCAUGUUGGGCUGCAUGGAGGGAGGUUGGAGCCCACCACGUAGGUCAGAGGCCUCUUGAGAUGCUGACUGAGGGCUCAGCAACUGUUCCCUGAGCAAACGGCUGCACAGGACAAGCUCUUAACAGAAAGUGCCAAGUCUCACCCUGAGUGCUUGCUGGGGCAGUGGGAGAAGGGAAGGAAAACAAGUAAGUUAGGACAUAAAGAGAACACAAAGGACCAGAUUUACUGUUGAGUUUUCGCUGCUUUAAGCUUGGGCUGUUCCUGUGCUGAUAGCACAGAAGGCUUUUCUGAUGGAGUUUUUUUUCUUUUUUUUCCUUUCUCGUCCUUUCUGAUCUGUCAGGAAUUGGCUGUGUUGUUUUUUUUUUUAAAUUAUUUUUCCUCAGUGAGGAUACACAAAUUUUUUUUGUUUGUUUUUGUUUUGUUUUUGUGAAAGUUCCUGAGGCUAUGGCUGGGAUUUCUUGUCAUAAACAGCAUUCAUAGCAAUGGCACUGCCUGGGAAACCUAUGUCCACAGGCCUGAGCCUCUCAGAUCAUGCCCUCUGACAAGCUCCUACCCCAAGGAAUAGUAGUACAUAUGUAGGUGGACAAGUUAAAUGGGGUAAAACAUAAGACAGCUGCUCCAGAAGAAUUGGUGUUUGGGGUGCAGAGGACUUAACCUGCAGUGCUGACCAGCUGGAGCUCAGUCUUGAUCCUGGGUCUCUCCUGUCCCAGAGGAGAGCACCAGCAGCCCAGGGGAGUUAUUGGCUGUUUGAUGUUGGAGGAUUCUUUCUUUUCUUGUAAACACAGAAAAUCCCCAUGUUUGGGCUUCCUAUUGAAUGUGGAGUGGUUUGUGGUUUCCCGUUUCAGUGAAAUGUAGCUUACUUUUGUUUCAGUUUCAUCUUGAUUUUUUUCUUUCCUGUGGUAUUUUGGAAUUCCCAGAGCUGGACAACUGGAUCUCUGUGACAUCAAUUGGGAGAUUUCUGCACUUCUUGUUUGUUUCUGCAUAGAACUAGAAUCCAAGACGGUGUCCUUCUUGUCUGUGCUUUAAACAAAACUAUAUUGGUAGGCUUCAGUGGGGCUCAAAAGAACACCUAUUUUAUAGGGAACCAAACUGACUUUAAAUCCCUUCAGUCCCAGAUGUUGGUGACGGUAUAUUUAAAAACCUGUUAGUUACUGUGGUUUCACAGCCUUUAAUGCUGGAUCUCUUUCCCACUGGCUGAGAGGCUGUUUGGGUUUGACUUGGAUCAGGUACCUGAUGUUACCGUUGCAUUAGCUACAGUGUGCACUGUCACGCUUGACAAAGGAGGAAAUAUUAUAGGUGACCCAGUCAGAGCAGUGGGAUGAGAUGUCACGCAUCCAGACUGCAUCCUGUUGCUGGGAAAUGAAGUGAUCAGAUUUCUCUGAACACGUUUGAGAUGUUGAUCUGAAACUGCAUUCUUGCUCUGUGACGUGACAGCAGCCGUGUUCUGUCAGGGCAAUGCUCUCGACACCUGCCUUGGGAAACUGUCCACAAGCAAAUGUGGUGUCUCUUACAGUCUUUGUCACACUCAGCAAGUGUGGAAAGAUACUUUGUGUAUUACAGCCUUCCAACUUCCAGUGCAAGGCCAAAGGUUCAAUUAAAUCAGCGUGGCCCAUUGUGUUAGCAUGGCCAAAGGGCACACGUUUGCAGCCAGUGACCACAUGCUCACCACUGGUACUAAGGGUAGUAGGGGUGAGCUUGCUGACAUGUCCACUUUGCCUUGAUUCAUGGCCUUGAUGCUGAGGUGGCUGCUUGCGGUAGGGUCAGGUUGAUACCUCCAAGAGCAACUUUUGUAGUAGUGUCUGUUGUUCCAUAGCGAGAUGCCUCCUGCCAGUGUGCCACAUGUCCUGGAACGUGGCCUCCUUGGCAAAAGCCUUGGGAUGAGUCCUGUUUCAGGAGUGGCUGUGUUUGCAUAAAGAUUGUUGUUUGCACCAGAGUUGUUGGAGUUUUGAAAGGGGGACCCUGUAAGAAGUGGAGGUAGGUGACAUAGGGUGGAAAUUUCCAUUCCUUUGAAAUUAUGGUUAGGUCCACAAGUCUGAAGCUGAUGGGAUCCAACACUUGAACUAAAUCCUCAAGGAGCAUUUGAAUGCCGAGACAAUUUUCAGUAAAUACUUCGCAUUAUGACAUCCUCUGAGCUUCCUCAGAGUGUUACUGGAAGGCUGUUUAAGCUUGCCAAAUUUCCAGCAAAUUUUUUUAUGCACUUGACAGAUAAGCAACCCCAGGGACUUAACCACAGUGACCCGCUCAGCUGGGAGCAGGGCAGUGCUGAGAGGCUGACUGAGCAUACUGCUGGAGCUCCUUCCUCUGGGCUGACUUGCAUCUCACCUGCAGCCCUGAGCUCUUGGCCCCGUGAGGGCUGCUGAGUCACCUUAAUCCUCUGUGUCACUGUCUGGGUAUGAGCCGUCCAGCAGGGGAGUCUCUGCAGUAGGGGAAAAUAUCAAGAAAAUGGGCAUUAAAGGCAUCGGGUGGGGAAUAGCUGAUGGGAAGGAAUGGCUGGAAUGAGGACAUAGCUGUAACACCAGAGCUCCUCAUUCCAGAGCUCCAAAUCUUUUUGGAUCACCUUGCCCACUCUAGCUUUGGCUCUUGCUCUUCCAGAAGCGUUAAGAUGAUAGAAGGAGGUUCGUGAGUUGAGCAAACUCAGCUCAACGUUGAGUUUACUGAGGAAAACAGAAUAGGCGUGACAGGUUCCAGCUGAGCUUUUGCUGUUGUAGUUGCUGUUGUAGUUGCUGUUGUAGCCUCGUAUUUCUUGGAGUCCUCAGUACAAAACCACUUGUGGCACAGCGCAUAUCUCAAAGCAACAGAGAUGUGAGAAUGAGCCUGGGUGAGUGGAAACCACUGGGUUUUGCACUCGCUUUCAUCUGUGACCAACAUCAGCUCUCCUGCUGGAGCAGCACUCCUGAACUGGAAGGUUGCUCACUUCCGAACAUCAGUGCUUACAGCCUCCGGAUGUCUCUGAAGCCUUUGCUUCACAAAAACACCACCCUAUGAACUGUGACAAGGGGAGAUAAACUGCUCCAGUCCUCCAAGAAAUGCCUUAUCGCUGAGGGGCGUGCAGAAGCUCUGUCUUGUUUGGAAAUGAUGAAAACAAGACAGCUAAUAAGCUAAAAGGAAAACCGGGGGCGGGAGGCAUCUAGUUCGUGAUGGUGGCACCUUUCUCAUGUUUUCAGCAGUUUGAAGGGUUUUCUUGAGAAAUGCUUUGAGAUACAGAUGUGCACGGAACUGCUCUUCUAACAGGCUAGGAAGCAACGGGAAAGCUAAAAGAAAGUCUUUUGGCAGCAGUUCAGCUUUCUUAGCCUGGUGUGCUUGCCCGAUCUGCGUCCCUUUUAAAUUCUAAUGACUUCCUCCAGCACCACAAACACUCUGGCCCUUGUCACUUCUCCUUUUGAAGUCUGCUUUUCAUAAGGCAGCCUUUUCUGAAGUGCUCCUGCUGUCAGUCAGUUUACCAAUCCAGAACACUCCCUGUCUUCAAAAUCACUUAAUUCCUUUUCAAUUACGAAUAACAGCUCUCCUGUUGCUCGCUGCUGACUCAUGCAAGAAAGGUAGCAUUGCUUUGUGUGAGUGUGGUCCCUGCAGCCACCUAAAGUAGGUCAGGGAAAUCCGAGUGUGAUGGCCAAGGCAGGUAGCAGAAGCAUGAGCACAGUGAGGUGUGCUGAGAGAAAAGUGCCUUGGUGAAGGCAGUAUCUGAGCAUUGUAUCAUCUCUUACCUUGCUAGGGGCAGAGACACUGGUCCUCACCAAGGUGUCUUGUCCUGCAUCUCCAGGACUUUGCUUGUAUUCUGCUGUUGUACCAGCAUGCAGCAUUCAUCCUUAAAUGCUCCUCUUGAGGUGACACCGUGAGAUGAUCAUACAGAAGAUGUGGGUAAAGUAUGCUGAAGUGUUACCUCCAAAGUACUCUGCGUGGGGAUGGGUAAGCAUGCUUAGGGGAAAUACAGUGUAUUUUGUUGUUGAGAAGAAUUUCCUGUAGAUUCUGUUUCUGUGCUACGUCUCUGGCAACGGCACCUGUACUUCCUUGGUCCCCAGUGGGGGGAGAUUUGUAGAAGUAUGUUCCACCUGGAGAUUUCAGGCAGAUAGCAUUCCACAUGGAGAGAAAACUUAGGUUGCACCUUUCCUAAAUGCUAUGGAGUAGGAUGAGCAUCUCUCAAGAGCUUGGCAGCUCCUAUUCGAACAAUGCUUUUGGCCUGCAUUGUGUGGGGUGUGUGACCUGCCCAGCAGCUGCCCCUGUGAAGUCUGGGAUAGAGCUCAUCUCUGCUCUUUCUCCUUUCCAACCCCUUCAGGCUGGGGAGGGCUAUGAACCUGCCUACCCCGUUGGAGGCAGUGAUGAGAAGGUAACCACCCUAUCUCAGUGGCUCCAACCUCUCACCCCCCACUCCUGCCGUUCUUUUUAUUGCUGCUGAAACAAAUGUGCGAAAUCAGAAUUGCUUUUUACUUUAUCUCAAAAAAAUCACGUUAUUGUUUUCAGUUAAUUCUGCAGCAACACAUGCCUAGCCCUAAAAAUGGGGAAAGUUUUCCUUAAUCAUUUGUCUUUUCCUUCCUUCACCUGCCUGUCCGUUGCUUAGUAAGGCUGGGCAAGCAGAUAACAAUAAAACAAAACAAAUUGCACCAAACCACAAUAGAAACAAUCCUUAUGCUUUCCCUAACCCAAGAAGAUUUAAAGGCUCUGUGGCUUUGUGUUCCCUGGCUGCCUCAGCUUUGCCUUUGGGGCUGGAGCUUAAGUGCAGAAUUGAUGGAAGGAAAGGCAAAAGGUUGAGUGGAAGUUUGCAAUGGCAGCUUGCGUGAGAAAGGGCUGAUGCAGCUGUGAGGCUGGACAGCCUUUGGGAGAUUGGAACAGGGGAUGGUAAAGGAGAAAAUCCCUCCGUAAGCAGUAUCAAGCUUCUGAAAUGGAUGGGCAAAGCAAUGCGGUGAGGGUAAGAUCUGGAGCAUGCACUGUGGGGCUGCUCUCCUCCUGCUGUGCCUCCCUGUCUCUGGACCAUCACACGUUGAAUGGCCAUUGGUUUUUGGUGCCUUCUCCUCAAAUCUGGAGUGCUGCUGCUUUGACUGCAGCUCUCUCACCAGCUAGCCAUUGGUUUUGAGGAUGUGUUUCUCUUUGUCUGUGAGCAUUAGAAAACUGUCUCGAGGGCAAUUCCUGCCUGCAAGAUGCUAAUCGUGUCCUUGACUGAAUUGGUUCCUGUGCUGGAGGCAGAGCAGUGCACGAGCCAGGCUGUGCCUCACAGGAGCUUAUUAGAGACUUCCUUCAAGUUUUUACUUUCAUUAAAAACUACUAAUUUAUUAGCACCAGUGUUUAAUUAUGUUAUGUUCACCUUUUGGAUGGAAAACACAGCUUGGAGUAAGGGCAGUGCUGCUGCGUCCUGGCCACAGUGCUGCUGCCUGCCUGUGCUGCUGCAUUGGGUGCCCCACAUGAUCCCAGCAGCACUCCCAAAUAACCCUGGUGGGAACCUGGGCAGUCUGUGCCAGUGCCCAGUCACCCUUCUGGAGAAGCUGUUCCUAAUAUCCAUCCUGAACCUUCCCUGGGAAAAGAGAUAGCAGGCUGGGUAAAUCAGAGCCAAGCUACAAGGGUCCCUCAGAAGCUGUGAGAUUUAAGAGUCAGAUGGGAAUGUAGAGAAGUUCUGAGGAAGCUGACUUUGCUGGAAAGGCCUGAGCUUGUUCAUCAGCAGCUUCUUGUCACAGAUUUUCUGCUGAAAUGGGAAAUGAAAAUAAUGAUCUAACUCUUAAAUCUGCAAUAGGAUUAGCAAUACCUUCAGAGUAUUUAUGUAAUGGGUUUCAGAGAUUUAACUCGGCAUAACUGGCUCUCGUUCUUGUAAACAAAGUGCAAGACAGGCGAAGUAAGAAAAUCUUUUUUGUCCAGUAAAUGGUUGUUUUGCUGGUUUGAGAGCUUUCAUUUCUCAUGCCUCACAGGAUAGAAAGGAAGAGCUUCUCCAGUUUUCUUGGAAAAAAGAGAAAGGCCAUUCUUUGUCCUGGAGCUGUGCUGCCUCAGCCCCGUUUGUGUGCUGGGAGGUGCUGGGGCCCUGCUGGGAGGUGCCUACGGAGCUCUGGUAGGAUCUGGACAGGAAAAAGCAGUACUUCGUCAGUCCCGAGCCUUCCAUUUCCACGCUUCUUAACCCUAAACUGAAGUUUAGUAAGAGUUGGCUUAGAAUAGUUGGUGAAUUCCAAUCCUAGGUGAUGUCUGCACAUUCUUUAUUACUGUUAUAUGCUGUUACAUUUUUGUUAUUUUUAUUAAUACUGUUUUGGAGUGAGAUGAUUGUAUUGUGGCAUUCCAGGGAAGGUCCUGAGCCUCCCUGGGUAGACAUCAGCAUGCUGUUAUUCCCCUGCACUGGUGCAGUAGUCUUGUGCAGUCAUUUUGCUCUUCAGCUCUAGAAAUGGGCUCAGCCCUGGCUGUGAUGCCACACACAGGGCUCUGCUGUAGAGGAAAUGUCAAGGGGAGGACAGGGGACACCAGGGCUCUGUGUCUUUCUCUGACCCCAGAGCUCUUGGUUUUGCUUUCUCAAUCCCUUUUGCGUUCUCUUCCCCUUCUGUUAUGUUUCUAUUGUUUGUUGGAGGAAUGAUGCCAUUAAAUCAACAGAGAAUGGUGGGAAAAUGCUUUGAUGUGAGGGAGCAUGCAUGUGUGUGUGCAUGUCCUCCAUCCCCCCACCCCCCAGAAAAAAAAACACUCAAAAAAGCCCUCUGUAUAUCUGGCAGCUUCCUUUAGUUUGUGUCUUGCCUGUGAGAGAGAAGAGAGAAAUACAUCUCCAAGUAUUUUUGGCAGUUAACCUCCUGUACUUGCAUUGAUGUGGUACAAACCGCGGGGUGUUGUUCCAGGGCUGUCGUUCACCAUCACUGUGAUAGCUAAUCUCUUUAGGGCCUCACGUUUUCCCAGUCACUGCUUUGUGAAUGUGGCAUCCCAGGCUUCCUUUUCCUACAGGAAAGAGGGAUCCCAUGGCCAUGGGCUCUGGAUGGCAGUGUGCCUGCUGUUCUGUAGGGCAGGGAUGAGGUGGUGCUUUCCUCUGGAUAUAGCCAUGCAGAGUGAUGGACAGGAAUGAUGCAAGGUCUGCUGCAGCACUUUGACACCUAACCCAGAGACCUUGCAAGACCAUCUACUUUUCCUCACAUGAGCUAAAGCAGCCCCAACCCGGGGCUACUCCUUCUGCGGGAGGAAGAUGAGCACUUUUGGGAAUCAGCUGGUGGCUGUGAUAGAGAGCAGUUUUCCCCCAGCAGGGCUGUGAGUUGAGGUAUAGGAGCACAGGUUGCCACCUCCAUGGAACACACAUUGCAUCAAGGAAGAGAAGAACGUGGCUGAGCUGAGUGGGCCACACGAUGCUCAUGUUGUGUUUGAGCUAUGUCAAACUGAAUUGCGUAGUUGAGUUCUUGGUGCUUUUUUUUCUUUUUCCUUGAGAACAGCUGUUCUGUUUGAUCAAACGCCUCUUAGUAGCCCCUUCCUGGAUAUAGUGAUACAUUACAUUAGAUAGCAAACAACGGAAGUCCUCUAAGUUACGGGUCAGGUGGUCACCAACUGCCAGAACGAAGUAGCUGUGUAGAGUCUAAGGACUGAGAGUGGGAGAGAACAAAACUUCACAAGAAGGGGAAAAAAGCCCUAAAUCUUAGCAGAAAAGUGAAGGAGUAGGGAGAAAACACAGCAGGAAGGGCUGUGGGGAGAGAAGGGAAUCAGUGGUGAGGAAGUUCUGAGGAAGUUCUGUCUCUGUCACGCCGCUGGAGGAUCCAGCCCUGGGGCUUGGCAGCAAGCAAGAUUUCUGCUUUGCAAAAAUCGCUGGGAUUGUUUUCCUCCCUGCUGGGAAGGGAGCCUGCUCCAGCCUGCUCUCGGGGAUAUUUACCUUAGGAAGAGGACCUUCUUUAACAUCCUGCCCUGCCUGACUUGCUCCAUAUUUUUCUAGCUGAUGUCUGUCCUGGUUUGGUUUGAUCCCAACUUGCCCUCUCAGCUUCUGUGCUGAUAUUUCCUUAGUUGUUUCCCUCUUGUUCCCUGGCUUAAUCCUGCUCCAAUAAGAGCUACUUGUUAGGUGGGCGAUACGUGACCUGGUCCCCUGUAUGCUGGGGAUGCAUCGCUUCUCAUGGCGACAGCCCAAACAGCCCCACAUCCCAGCACAGUUUGUUAGCACCCCGUGCUGAUGCUACUUCCAUCACUGAGCACUGGAGAACAGACAUGCAGUCCACCGCCUAGUGACGCUUCAGGGGCUUCUUGAGGUCGAUGGGCACUCUGCUAACGGGGCAAAUUACAAAGGGAGGUGACAUUGGCUCCUUUCAGCUGUCAGCCAACCAAUUUGUUUGCCAGUGUGAGCUCCAGUGACUCACCAGUUGGUCUGCCAUGGAAAGACUGAGACGCUUUGCAAUGAAAGGUAUCACAGCAUCACCCUAUAUUUUCAUUCAGCUCCCCUAUGUUGCGCAUAAAAAAGCAACAUGGCACUACAAUACAAGAUUGCUUAGAGCUCCUUAUGACAGUGUUCACGUCUUGCUUCCCUUCUCUCUUCCUCCUUUUUUUUUUUUCUUAAUUUUUCUUGGAUGCCGUUCCUUGUCUUCCAGCGGAGUGAAGAGAAGCCUGUUGUUUGCUCAGCAAACUGAAACGCUUUGUGUGCAUUUUCUGCUGCCGUUUUGUUAAAGUUCAGAGUUCCUAGGUUAGAGCUGCCACUUCUCAAUGCGAGACUUGUUCCAACUUCCAGAGCAGCCCACGCAGAGCUGGUGGGGUUCAUCUGUGCAGUUCACAGCCCACAGCCCACCAGACACAUUGUUUGCUUCUCUCCUUCCAUGAUUCAUCCUUCGCAACAAAGACGAGCCCAAUGUUCCCGGCUGGAGCGUGAAGCCAGGCAGUGCUGGAUUUUAGGUGCAUCAAUAGAAACAGUCUGGAUUUUUUUUUCUUUCUUCCUUGUUAGCACUCAUUAUGUCUGGAAAUCAGACAGCUUUGUGACAGUGGUCGUAAUUGGCUGACACAGCAGGCUUAAUAGGGAAAAUAUGCUUGUUCUCUGAUUUCCCUGCUUAGAGGGACUUUAGCUUGCCUUAAUUUUAUGACUUUUACCUUUUUUCUCAUCUAGCAGUGAUUCUUCAAUGAGAAAGUUCACUGUUUACUGGAGGGCUGGUGUUCUUUCUUUUUGGUAUUAUUUGUUUUCCUUUCCUUUGAUAAACACAGCACUUCACAUUUUGCUGUGGGGAGAUUUCUUUUUUCUACAAAUAUUUAUGAAAUACUCUUUUGUGAAAAAUGGAGGAGUUUCAUCCGGCUGACACUGGAUUUGAGUAUUUUAUGCUUUUUUUUUUUUUUUUUUUUCUUCCCAUGGAAAGCUGAAGCAGAAAGGCUGGCCAGGCAGCGCAGAUGCCAGCCUGGGCAAUGGAACCUGGUUUGUGGCAAUGAAAACCAAGUUGGCAAACUUCUUGCCUGCCGUCCUGCGCUCAUCAGCCUAUUGAGCACUGCUGAGGCAUUGACCUACUGGAGCCACAUGGUUCCCCUCUCCUCUGUGCAUCAGGGCUCAGAGAAGAGUGAUUUGGGGCUCUCGAGCAGCUGCUCACGGAACUUGAAGACUUUCUGAGGAUACUGGACAAGGAGAACCUGAGCAGCACUGCUCUCGUGAAGAAGAGCUUCCUCUCCGACCUGCUGCGGGUGUACACCAAGUCCAGCGGUGGUGAUGAAGAAUAUAUUUACAUGAAUAAAGUGACUGUCAACAGACAGCAGGGUGACCAGGAGAAGCAAGACAAAGCACUGGAUGGGAAAAACUCCUUGACCAAUGGAGACCUGGGACUGCAUUCAUCCCCUCCCCAGAAGAGCCUUCCAGAGCUGCCCCCUCCAAAGGAACAGACCUGCUCUUCUGCCUGUCCUGCUGAGAGGAGUGGGGUUUUAGCCCUGCAUGCACUGAACAUCCUAUCCAGGAUUUGCACAGGUCUCAAUCAGGAGCCAGUUGAAGUGAUUCCCGAAACAAAGCAGCCUUCGGUUCCCAAGAUCGAGUCCCCAGAGGGAUAUUACGAAGAGGCUGAGCCAUACGAUGUCUCUAUGAAUGGUCUUUUUGGUAGGCUUGCUGCGGCUGGACCCAGGCCAGGGUUGCAGGUUACCGAGGCCGUUAUUUAUGCCACGAUAACAAUGGAAGAUGGUGAAGCUGUUAGCAGCUCAUAUGAAUCUUAUGAUGAAGAAGAGAGCAGCAAAGGCAAGUCAGCGACCCAUCAGUGGCCAUCCACGGAAGCCACCAUUGAGCUGAUGAAGGAUGCCCGCAUCUGUGCAUUCCUAUGGAGAAAGAAGUGGCUGGGACAGUGGGCAAAACAGCUGUGUGUCAUCAAGGACACCAGGUUGCUGUGCUACAAGAGCUCCAAAGACCACAGCCCUCAGCUGGACGUGAAUUUGCUGGGCUGCACUGUCAUUCACAAGGAAAAGCAAGUGAGGAAGAAAGAGCACAAGCUGAAGAUCAUCCCCAUGAACGCCGAUGUCAUCGUGCUGGGGCUGCAGAGUAAAGAUCAGGCAGAGCAGUGGCUCAGGGUAAUCCAGGAGACCAGUGGUCUGCAGUGUGAAGGAGGCAGUGAAGGCAACCAGUACAUCCCAGACUCACAGCGUCUCAAUUACCCAAAGAUGGACCUCUCCGAGAGGUACUCCGCAGCCUCAGAGAGUGGCAGCAGCACAGAUGGGCACCCUGAGGCGGUCGAGACAAAGGAUGUUAAGAAGAAGGGCACAACUGGCCUAAAACUAAGCAACCUGAUGAACCUCGGGAGGAAAAAAUCCAGUUCUCUGGAUAGCCCAGAGAGAUCCCUGGAGACUUCAAGUUACCUGAACGUGCUAGUGAACAGCCAGUGGAAAUCCCGUUGGUGUCAGAUAAAGGAUGGUCACCUCCAUUUCUACCAGGACAAGAACCGAAGCAAACUGGCUCAGCAGCCCCUAAGUUUGGCAGGUUGUGAAGUUAUCCCAGAGCCAAGCCCUGAUCAUCUCUAUUCCUUCCGCAUCCUGCACAAUGGGGAAGAACGGGUCGUUCUGGAGGCGAAGUCCUCGGAGGAAAUGGGCCACUGGCUGGGACUCCUCUUGUCUGAGUCAGGUUCAAAAACAGACCCAGAGGAAUUUACCUAUGAUUACGUGGACGCUGACAGAGUCUCCUGCAUCGUGAGCGCUGCAAAGAACUCUUUCUUCCUAAUGCAGAGGAAAUACUCCGAGCCCAAUGCCUACAUUGACAACCUGCCCAAGGGGAGGGUACAGCAAGAAGAGCUCUAUGAUGAUGUGGAUCUGCCGGACGUGCCAGCGGAAGAAGUACCCAAGAGCGAGAGCAAGCUGGAGGGGGACCAAGACAGGGUGUACCUGGAUCUUACCCCAGUGAAGUCCUUCCUGCACUGUGCUGGCAAGAAGCCAUGUCAGCCUUCGUCCCUGAGCUCGCCAGCUCUAGAGAGAGCUGGCAAUAAGGCUGCAGCAGAUAGCACAGCUGAGACAGCCCCAGUGGAUAAGGAUGCCGAGCCCUGCAAAAAGGAGGAGACCUCAGAGCAGAAACACCCAGAAAAGCUGGAACCUGAAGAGCCACCAGCACAGGUGCCCACUGUGAAAAUCCAGACGCAGCAGCAGAACAUCACCUUCCCGCAGACCGCCCCUGAGCCACCAGCAGGCUCUGUACCAGUGGGCAGCCCACAGCUGGUGCCCGCACACCGACCCAAGAUGCCACUGCCUGUGGCAGCGGUGGAAACCAAGCUGGGCAAGAACAGGACAGAGGCAGAGGUGAAGCGGUUUACGGAGGAGAAGGAGCGGCUGGAGAAGGAGAAGGAUGAAAUCCGGGCUCAGCUCACCCAGCUGCGCAAGGAGAGGCGGGAGUUGAAGGAGAUGCUUGCAGGAUGCACAGCCAUCAGCACCUUACCUGCUCUUGCAGACAAGAACCUGGAGCAGAGGCUGAAGGAGAUAGAUGAAGAGUGCAAGAAGAAGGAGAGCCGAAGGGUGGACCUGGAGCUCAGCCUGGUAGAGGUGAAGGAGAACCUGAAGAAGGCAGAGUCUGGUCCUGUGACGCUGGGCACCACCGUGGACACCACGCAUUUGGAGAAUACAGCCCCCCGGACUCAAACAAAACCAGCCAGCCCAGCAACGAGCGCAGAGAGCUCACCAGUCAACUCAGCAACGGCUCUGAAGAACAGGCCUUUGUCUGUCAUGGUGACAGGGAAGGGGACGGUCCUACAGAAAGCUAAGGAAUGGGAGAAAAAAGGCGCGAGUUAGAAGUACAUUUUUCAGAGAUGGACUAAAGACUGGAACUGCCCGUGCAUAGAAAAGGGGAUUCGAACACCAGUAGGUGGAUGUUGGGUGUGCAACACAACCCACACCAAGCGCCUCCUCCGCCUCACGCCACCUGCUUGGAUGCAGCAGUGGAGUCAGCAGCUGCUGCUACCACUUAUCCCAAACAACCUUUGCUCUUUCCAGACAAGUCCCAUCACGUAGCUAAAAACAAUAACAACCGGUGGCAAUCCUCGCAUCAGAUUCCUAACCCAGUUACUGUAAACAAGAAUGUUACUGUACAUAGGGGUGUUUUGUGUAUUUCUACUCUGAAGGUUUAUUGACGAGUUAUUAAGGUUUCUUAUAUUAGUGACAGUAGUGAGUUCAGGACGGGCCUCUGCUAUUCUUCAUACCCCCAUGGUUUUCAACCUGUCGUGGCAAAUUGCAGCCAGCUAAAGUCUCACCUGCCUUGCUGCUGGCUGUCCCUCAGCUGCAGAUCAUCCAGAUGCCCAGGCUUGACUGAUCAGCAAGACGCAGAUGAGAAGCACGCAGGCACCAGUCCAGCAGGAUGGACCCUCUCAACAUAACGGGGAACUAACUGUACGUACACAUGCAGCAAGGAUUUUCAGUGACCAAAUGCAUCACGCCACAGGCUUAAUGCUACCAGCCUGUGGUAGGGUUGAUUUGCCAGAACGUGGAGGAGGAUUCCCCACUCACCUUCUCAUGCUGUGUUACGGAUUGGUGGAACCAGGGGCUCUGGGCAGAAAUGAUCUCCCAGGCAGUCACUAGAAGUUCUUGAGGAGCUUGAUCUCCUUCACCUGGGGGGUUGGUUCUGAAAACGAAUAAUCAUAAUUGAAGAGUUGUUAAUGAUGUACCAAAGUCCCAGGCCUGCUUACCUGCUGGAUGAGGAUGCUGGAUCCUGAUGCCCUUUCUGAGAGGAGGUAGAGGUAUCUCUGUGCUCCUGCCCUGGCAGCACCACAUUGCUGAUGCUCUCUGUUCCCUGCAGAGCCACAGCACGGCCCAUAGCAGCAGCUGUACAUUGCUAAACAUCCCUGUGGGAAAGAGCCCCUUUGCAUGGGUUCAGGUGGGUGCUGGACCUGCUCUCCUCCCUGUCUCUGGACAGCUGCUAGCUGUCCUGGUGCUAUCACCCUUAUUUCUAGAUCAUUAAAACUUAACAUAGCCUUUGGAUGCUGUGUCCUGCAAAGCUCAUCCCUCUGCUCCGUGUCCAAGCUGUUCAAUGAGAGAGAUUGCGUGCCUGGAACUGCUAAAAUGUAGAGACGUUACAAUUCAAAGAGAUGCACAGAGAAAUCCAUCCACCUGGAGUUUCCUCUCCAAAGCACAGGGAGGCCACGGACACCAAGAAGCUUUUGUUUUGCCCCAUCCUAAGCUGUCUGGAGCUCCCGUCCCCACCCUAAGCACACACACAGCACCACACUCUCCCCCCCUACACCCUGCUGUCUGCUAGAGCUUGUCCAGCUCUACCCAGCUACGAUGGCUGAGAGCAGCUGUGCUUUCUGCCCUGUUGGCUCUGCUGGGUGGUAAAUACAUUUCCCAGACAAGAAUUGUUAAGUAACGUCUCUGCGUCCCCAUUGUUUUCUUAACUCAAAGCAUUUCCUUUGUUCUAACUGUGACCUAUAAAGUGGCGCUUUAGAGGGUUUUAUAAUAAAAUGUUGAAUAUA